AUGCACAAUGAAUGUGGAGAUGUGACACAUGCUUACUUUUCCUCAUAUGUCCACAAGGAUGAUUUUAUAGGCCUCAACAACGCCAACCAAGCUUUCUUUGAGAACUUCCAGGAUGCGUUACUGGCUACUGCUCCGAAGCUCGAAAAUUGUACCCUCCAGACUGGAGGCAAACAUUACAACGUCCACUUAAUGCCUGUCCCAUCACCAGCUCGAGAAGCGGAGGAGAGAAGAAAGAGCCCAAUUGGAAAUAUCUACUACGAGCAAGAGGACUAUCUCAUUAAACUGUGCAUCGAACUAAGAGAAGAAGCAAAGAUGCCCACCAAUCAAGUCUACUGGGAAUGCUACGACGAUGUCUCGUAUUCAAGGCUCAUUGCCGACGAGACAAUUUGGGCUUCUACCGAUGCCGACACCGGCAACCAGGCUUUCAACGUCACCAAUGGUGACUACUUCAGCUGGCGAUACAUGUGGCCUCGAGUGGUCGAUGGAGUGGUCCAUGGACAAGAGGCAGUGUGGGACCGCAUCUGUGAGAAGCGCGGUUCUGCUCAGGCAAAAGCCAGCUGGGACGCGGCUACCUGGGCUUUCCAAGAUCGGGUUUUCCAACACACUUGGUGCGCCACUUUGAGCAUCAACAAAGCCAGACAGCUUGGUUGGAUCGGUCAUAUUGAUUCGUUUGACUCUUUCACGCACGCUUUUGAGAAAUUCGUGGAAUUGGGACAGAUCCCAUCCUUCUCCAAGAAUGGGGUUUAA